AUGGGUGUUCCAAAGUUUUUCCGUUGGCUUAGUGAACGGUACCCUUCCAUCUCAGUGUUAAUCGCGGAGAGUCGCAUUCCCGAGUUUGACAGCCUGUAUUUGGACAUGAACGGUAUUAUCCACAACUGCACACACAGUGAUAGUGACUCGCCAACCUUCCGUAUGACUGAGGAGCAAAUGUUCAUUGCGAUCUUCAACUACAUCGAGCAUCUAUUUGGCACAAUCAAGCCAAAGAAGCUCUUCUAUAUGGCUGUUGAUGGUGUUGCCCCGCGUGCAAAGAUGAACCAACAGCGAGCCCGCCGUUUCCGAACAGCCCUAGAUGCCGAAGAAGCAAAGGAAGCGGCUAUCUCCCAAGGGCUAGAGAUGCCCAAGGAUGAUGCUUUCGAUAGCAAUUGUAUCACACCAGGUACUGAAUUUAUGGAGAGAUUGACACGACAACUGAAAUAUUUUGUCAACAAGAAGAUCUCGGAGGACACAAACUGGCAGGGCGUGGAGAUCGUGCUUUCAGGCCACGAGGUGCCCGGCGAGGGCGAGCACAAGAUCAUGGAAUAUAUCCGAAGCGCCAAGGCACAGGCCGAUUACCAUCCUAAUGUGCGCCACUGUCUUUAUGGCUUAGAUGCUGAUUUGAUCAUGCUGGGUCUUCUCAGUCAUGACCCACAUUUCUGCCUUCUUCGUGAAGAAGUAACAUUUGGUCGCCAGACAGCGAAGAAGCCUACGGAACUCGAGCAUCAAAAUUUCUAUCUCCUACACUUAAGUCUGGUUCGGGAGUAUCUUGAGCUCGAAUUUCAGGAACUCAAGGUGGAAGGGACUCUUGGUUUUCCCUUCGACAUGGAGCAUGUGAUUGAUGACUUCAUUCUCAUGGCAUUUUUUGUUGGUAAUGAUUUUUUGCCUAAUUUGCCGAAUUUGCAUAUCAACGAAGGUGCAUUGGCGCUGAUGUUCAAGCUCUACAAGGAUGUACUGCCAAAAAUGGGUGGCUACAUCAACGAGCAGGGUGUUAUCAAUCUGGAACGGUUGGGUAUGCUUGUCGAUGCAAUGAGUAGCUUUGAACAUCGUUUCUUCGAGGCUGAAUACUCAGAUAGCCAAUGGGUUAAGUCAAAGAAGAAUCAAGGUGACAACUCCCUCGAACUGCAGCGGAAACCAAAGGACAUGACCAUCACUUCAGCUCAAAAGGAAAUUCUCAAGAUAGUCAAGACGUAUGUCUUGAACCGGCCUAGAAAGGGAUCCGAGCUCAAGCCUUUGGAUUUCCCUGCCGUUAUACCAGCACGCGAUCGUAGCUUUGUUGAAAAGCUUGCUGAUGAACUUCGGGUGCCAUGGUCCACCAUCGAGAAUACCCAUGGUGACCGAUUCAUGAGGCUCGAGUUGCCUCAGACACAGAAUGAUGACAGUGACAGUGACGAUGAUGGUUAUGAUGAAGAAUCAACCUUGGCUAUUCAACGUAUUAUUCGAAAGUACGAGAAGGCCAAACUUCAGGAAAUUACCCCAGAGGAAGCACAAAAGGCAGCAGAACAGAAAUACGAUGCCAAAUUCCUGGAAUGGAGAGAUAACUAUUAUCAAUCUAAAUUUGGCUGGGGACUGGAUAAUGAGGAGGAGUUAGCAAAGCUGGCGGAGAACUAUGUGCAAGGAUUGCAGUGGGUGCUGUUCUACUACUACCGCGGCAUUGCCUCGUGGCCUUGGUUUUUCCAGUAUCAUUACGCCCCUAUGAUUUCUGAUGUGAAAAAAGGUCUUAAGGCAAACAUGGACUUCCGGCUUGGGAAACCCUUCCGCCCAUUCGACCAGCUGAUGGGCGUCUUGCCAGAUCGGAGUAAGAAGAUCGUGCCCAAGGCAUAUUGGGACCUGAUGACUUCUCCAGAUUCGUCUAUUAUUGACUUCUAUCCUCGUGAUUUUGAUUUGGAUAUGAACGGCAAAAAGAUGGCAUGGGAGGCUGUGGUGAAAAUUCCAUUCAUUGAUGAGAAGCGGUUGCUAGAUGCACUCAAGACGCGGGAACAGUUCCUCACACCUGGUGAACAGUCAAGGAACUCCUUCGGAACGAGUCUGAAGUUCACAUAUUCUACGGGUACCGAUUUCAUCUACCCCUCGUCUAUGCCUGGCGUAUUCCCUGAUAUUCCUCAUUGCCAUUGUAUUGAAAACAUCUUUGACCUUCCUGCCAUGGAAGGUUUGGAGCCAUAUAACGGCCUGAUGGAUGGUGUACACCUGGGUGAAGCGGCUCUGGCUGGCUUCCCUAGUCUCAACACACUGCCACAUCACGGCCAACUGGGAUUCCAUGGUGUGCAGGUCUUCCAGCAAGAAAGCCGUAACGAAAGUCAAGUCAUUACGCUUCUGGACGCAUCAAGCCGAUCCAGUGUCGAGUUGGCAAAGAAAAAGCUUGGUCAGCGAAUCCAUGUUGGUUACCCGUACUUGCAGGAAGCCCUCGUUGUUCGUGUCUCAGACGAACUAUUUGACUACAUCCUCCCGCCGGGUGAACAGCAUGUUGUGUCGAUCCCACACACCCCUCAACAAAUUGAACAGUUCAAGAAAAAGGCUCAAAAGAUUGAAGGCACUUAUAGCAAGCGACUAGGUGUGAUCAUUGGAGAUGUCGAAGCUUUGGUCCAUAUCCAACCGUUGAAGGGCAUGAUUAAGACCGAUGACGGAGCCACCAUCAAGGAGUUUAUGGAUAUACCCGGACAGGAAACUGAUUACGCCGUCCAAGUGAUUGUUGACGAUGUUAUCAAUCCCGAUGAGCGCUUCAUUGAGCGUACAGCUUUGCCAAUCGAAGAAGAGUUCCCGAUAGGUUCUCGUGCAUUCUUCUUGGGUGACUUUAACUAUGGACGACCUGCUUAUAUUUCCGGCCACGCUGAAGGAAAAGUGGACGGUUUGGUCGCGUCGGUCAAAGGCCGUGAGCCUGAGUUUGGGUGGAAACGUGUCCAAGAGGCCGAGUCGCACUGCCCUUACAUGCCCUCAUACGCUAUUGCGCGUAGUCUCCGUCUUAGCCCCUUGGUACUCUCCAAGAUCACAUCUUCCUUCUCCGUUGACAUUGAUGGCACGCGUGUGAAUUUGGGCCUCAACCUGAAGUUUGAGGCUCGAAAGCAAAAGGUUCUAGGAUAUUCCCGCCGUGGAGCCAAUGGCUGGGAAUUUAGCCAGAAGACAGUGGAUUUGCUCCAGCAAUACAUGAUCAAUUUCCCCGAGUUUAUCGCUGGCAUCCAACGCAAUCCACAGAACGAUCGUUACACCCCCACCGACUUUUACCCGGAGGAUGUUGCUCUCUUGAAAAUGAAGGAAAUUCAGAAGUGGCUCAAAUCCAUUGACGCCAAGGGCUUUGCACGUGUUCCUCUCGACGCUGAACAGUUGGACUCCGACAUUGUUCAUUUGAUUGAGCAAGAUUCAGAUGCAGUUACUCAAUCCAUGAAGUCAAUGCAGCCAAAAAAGGUCCGUGGAGUUCCUCGCAGUGCUCUGCUUCGCCCUGCCGACGCUGAGCACCGCCUGGGCAACCAGAAUUUCAAGCUUGGUGAUCGGGUUGUGUACACGCAGGAUUCCGGCAAAGUACCUAUUGCCACCCGUGGUACUGUGAUUGGUUUGACUAGAACCUCACGCACUGUUCUGCUUGAUGUGGUUUUUGACAACUCAUUCAUGAGUGGUACGACACUUGGUGAACGUUGCUCUCCCUUCCGAGGACAGACUGUCCUUGUUUCGUCCGUGCUGAACAUUUCCGAUCGUCAGUUGGUCGCCGGCUCCCGCGCCGCAACAACUCAGCAACCCCAGCAGCAACCUGCGUCCUGGGCGGUUUCUGGAUACGGUGCUCCCCUUGGUCCUAACGGACAAGGCCAAUUAACCAAUGCCCCCGCUCCUCCGCCCUUGCGAGGAUCAUUCCGCGGUGCUGUUUCUGGCCAUCAGGGCGCUCCUCGAGGAGGAGGCCGAGGUGGCAUCAAAAAUGGGCAGACUACCACCCUUCCUUUCCAUCCUCGUGGCAAUGGAGGUCCUCCGCGUGGUCCACGUGGCCGAGGUGCUAACAACAAUCGCGGAGGUCAGUUCCACCGAGGUGGUAAUACCUCUGUUGGGAAUGGUGAUUCCAGGGAGGGACAAUUCCGUCCUCAGGAUUACUCCAAUGUGCCUCCACCAGAAGGAUUGUAUGAUCGACCUAGCCGAGGACGUGGCCGCGGCAAUGGCUUCCGCGGUCGAGGCCGUGGUCGUGGUGCUCCUUCUGACACCAACUAA